AUGGCGAGUGGAACCGGAGCGGCUUCUCCUAGCAUGUUUUCCCAGGAGGGAUCUUCCAGCGCAAAUCACAACAGCGAUAUUAAAAACCUUACCGCCCUUGUACAAGUUUUAUUAGGGCGAGUGGAAGCCUUGACACAGAAAGUUGAAGUUUCCUGUUCGGACAAUACGCACGAAGCUCAAGGUUCGGGAUUUAGACCGAACAAUGUCAGCAGUAACUGCCAUAACGCAAGUGGUAAUUAUUUUAACAAUUCAGUACCUGGCGAAGUUACCAUCAAUAGCCCGAAUACUUCUGGGCCCAGGGAAGCUAAUAGGUCUAACAACACGGACAUAAGAACUGUUAAUAUACCUUCCUCUAACCACAACAUUGGUGUAGCAAACAAUAACCAGGUAUCUAAUCAAGAAGAACUUAUUCCUACUAUGUCUUCUUUUCUUAAUAACAAGGUUUUUUUUUGGAAAUGGCAGCUUGAGGUAACAUAUUUGGAGAAAUGCAUUGAGAAAAAAGUCAUUCAACAUGACUACCCGGCCGGCUUGGUUGAAAAUUCUCUUUUCCAUCAAGAACUGAUUGAACUGUUUGACUGGCAGGGAUUUGAGUUUCUCAAAUCCCUUAUUAAUUUCUAUAAUAACGAAAUUGACAACAUCAAAAUUGUCUUGGCUAGCCUAGAACAAGCAAUUAAAACUCAUAAAGAUUUUUUUAGGUACAAAUAUGAAUAUUGCAGGAUUUAUUCAAGUAUUGAGGCAACAAUGGACAAACGUUUGGUCACUAAAAAGAAAAAAUUGGCAAGAGAUCUAAAUGACUACUCUAAUAAUAGAGCUUAUCCUAAGCCCCCAAGGGUUGGAACUUUUGUGCCAAUUUCUAAUACAGUGACCUUUAAUGAUAAUGGUGAAAACGAUAAUAGCCUUUUACAAGACUCUCCUGCACCUCAGCCUUUAAGGAGAAGUGAGAGGCUUAUAAAUAAUAAUGUUAAUAACAAUAACAAUAACAAUAGAACUAAUGGGUCCAGUAAAAACAACGGUAGGAAUAAUCGUAACAGGCAUUUUAAUAAUAGCGCCAACACCAGUAUGGACAAUAAUGAUGCACAUCAACAGCAGGGUUUUUACCGAAACCAGGAAGUGCAUCAAACCAGUCGACAGUCCAAUCGGAACCAGACUCAAACGAGAAGCAGAAGGAGACAGCGAAGGAGAUAG